UGGGGUUCGUCGCCCGCGGCCCCCUCCUCCUCGGGUGGACUAUAUAGCCGGGGGCCAGAGAACGUGGGGAAACCAUCGUCGGUCGCCCACGGAAACAUCGGCAAGAUCGGCCGGCGGCUUCCGCUGCUGCUGCUGCUGCUCGUCGGAUUUCUCGUCGUCUGAUAGCUUGGGGAGACAAUGGGGGGAGGGAAGGACAAGCAAGACGAGGGCGACAAGGGCCUCUUCUCAAACAUGAUGCAUGGUGUUGCCGGUGGCCAUGGGUACCCGAAUCAGGGAUACCCUCCGCAAGGCUACCCGCCACCGCCAGGGGCAUACCCUCCUCCCCCUGGGGCGUAUCCCCCUCCGCCUGGGGCUUACCCCCCUCCGCCUGGGGCAUACCCUCCACAAUAUGGGUACCCUCAACCAGGUGGCUACCCUCAACCAGGUGGCUACCCGUCGCACGGUGGCUAUCCUCCUGCAGGCUACCCCGGCGCAUCUCACCAGGGUGGUCAUGGUAGCAGCCAUGGUGGGGGACACAUGGGACCAAUGCUAGCUGGAGGCGCAGUCGCUGCAGCUGCUGCUUAUGGAGCACACAAACUCUCCCACGGCCAUGGAGGACACAGUGGACACGGUGGACUUGGAGCCUUUGGAGGAGGCCAUGGCUAUGGCGGUUAUGGCCAUGGCUAUGGCGGCCACGGCAAGUUCAAGCAUGGCCACGGCGGCCACGGCAAGUUCAAGCACGGUCACGGCAAGUUCAAGCACGGCAAGCAUGGGCACGGCAUGUUCGGCGGCAAGUUCAAGAAGUGGAAGUGAUGUGCUCCCCCAUGGUUGAUCUGUGUAGGCCUCCAGAACUACUGUUGUUGGGAAUGCCUUUGCGAUGCAUUUAGCAGGGUGACCGUUCAUCCUUCCUCUAUAUUUCGGUACUCUUGUGCGAGUGACGAGAUGGUUUGCUAAUAAGUAACUGAAUAACCAAUUGACGA